AUGAGUAUGUCCGGCCGGCAGUCUGAGGCAACCCAUGAAGAUGGAGCGAGUUCCUCGAGUAAUGGCAGGUAUUGCGACAGUCGGAGUCCGCAGAAUCACCACACCCCCUACAUCACCCGCGACAGCGUCUAUCUCCCGGAGUGGGCCUCGAGGAUGGGGCACGCAGGCUCCAGUGCCAACAAUGGCAACCAGUAUGAGCCAUCACGCCCGCGGUAUGUUCCACGGCCCAGGGAAAGUAGCGUCUGGAGGGACUGGGCUUAUCGGGGGAGUGGAGAGGGGGAUAUUGGCACGUGGAAGCCCCCGCGCCGGGGGCCCUUACGUGCCGGGUCUGUGCCUGGGUUGGGAGGAGAGAGCAGGGAGGUUGUUGGUGGUGCGGGCGGCGGGGAGAGGAAUACAACGGGGGUGGAGAGAAGACCUCUAGUGGCACCUCCGCAGUUGGGGGUGCGGAGUGGGGGUAUUGAUGCGCCUGCAGCAGCCUCUCAACAGCCCCGUCCCCACCCCCCGGUCGCAAUAUCAGACGCACCAUCUUCCUCCUCUAUUGGGGUUCCCUCCUCGGUGUCUCGUAAGCGCCGCUCUCGUAGGCGCCGCUCUCGAACAGUCGAAACUAUAGAUCCGGUUACUGGCUGUCCUGUCACUGUCCCCCCUCAACGAGCUGCAGCUGCAGCUGCUCCCUCCUCCUCCUCCUCCUCCGCUGUAACUACUCCAUCCUUCUCCUCUGUGACUACCCCAUCCUCCUCCUCUUCUGUGACCACCCCUUCUCAAUCACGGCCAAUCUCUCGACCUGCCCCCUCCACCAUAAGCUCACCUCAACCGCGCCCCGGCCCGGUUGCACCGUCUGGUCCUCCUCCUCCUCCUCCUCCUCCCCCUCCUCCUCCUCUGCAUUCGCUUGGCCUAGUCUCAAUAAUAGAUUCCGUUCCUUCCUCCUCCGAAACUGUUUCUCUGCAACCAGUUCUUCGCCCGUCCUCAAAUAUUGCAAACACACCUCAAUCGCACCACCCCAGCCCAGUCUCAUUAUCAGUGCCUCCUUCACACCCCGAUCCCCGUCCGGCCAAAGUCGCACUCGCAAAUCCUGCUCCGUCGUCUGAUGUGGCAGCUAAUCAACAAGCCCACCUGCGCCCCGGGCCAAUCGUCACAUCCGACCCUGGUCCUUCCCCGGCUGUUUCUGACCCUCGUAGGUCUCCUCGGCCAGUCUUGAUCUACAGCACCUCUCCCAUCUCGCCCGGGGGUGAUAGAUCCUCCUCCACCGCGCCGUGCGACAUCUACGGUAUCCCAACCACCCCUCCCUCGCCUAGAGACUCGAAUAGUAGAUCUUCCUCCACCGCGCCGUCUUCCAUCCUCUUCACCUCUCCCUCGCCCAGAGACUCGAAUAGUGGAUCCUCCUCCUCCACGACAUGCUACAUCUACAGCAUCCUCUCCACCUCUCCCUCGCCCAGAGACUCGAAUAGUGGAUCCUCCUCCUCCACGACAUGCUACAUCUACAGCAUCCUCUCCACCUCUCCAUCGCCAAGAAACUCGGAUAGUCGAUCCUCCUCCACUGCGCCGUGUUACAUCUACAGCACCUCCCCCAGCUCUCCCUCGCCCAGAAACUCGAAUAGUAGAUCCUCCUCCACCGCCCCGUAUAGCAUCCCCCACACCCUCACCUCGCCCGGUCCCGGUAUUGGUUCUCCGUCCUUCCCCAGCUGCUGCUGCCGCUCCUCAACCUCUCCCUCGCCCGGUCCCGCCUCUCGCUCGUCCAGCCACACCAGCAAAUCCUCCCCCGUUGCCUGCUGUGGUAGCCCCUCCUCAGGCUCCUCCCUAUCUAGCCAUAUUAAGAAACUCCCCCCGGUUGCCAGCUGCAGCAGUGGUAGUUCCUCCUCAGCCUCACCCGCGCCCUAUCCAGGCACCAAAUCCUCUCCCGCCACCCGCUUCACCUGCCCCUCCACAACCCGCCGCAAGCAGCAGAAACAGCGCAAACAGCGGCCCCGCUCGCCCCGCCGCACACCCAGCGCCGCCGCCUCCACCAGCCGCGCACGCCGCAACAAGCGGACGACCUUCUCCCGCCGGCCUCACCGGCUUCGCUGGCCUGUUCUGGAGCGUUAUCUACUCAUUCACCGGCAGGGCGGGGGGACGGGGGACGAGCCCCCACACACACCUGUACCCGCACUGGUGCACUCACCCCCGCCCAUGCAUGACGCGGAGGAGAGGAGGCGGCUGUUGGAGGAGGCAACCGCGCUGAUGGAGCUGUGUACGAACCCGGAUAUCGACCAGGAUGAGCAUGAGCGGCAGCAGCUGGUUGCGAUGGCUAGGGAGACGCUGUUGCAGCUGCCAGAGGCUGGGGGUGACGUCCAGGGUACUGCGGGGGAGCAGCAGGUGGAGGAGGAGUGUGUGGUCUGUUCGGACGAGACGCCGGAUACGGUGUUGGUGCCGUGUGGGCAUUUGGCGUUGUGUUCGAGGUGCUGUGAUAGGAUGGGGAUAAAGGAGAGGGGGGUGAGGAGUUGGUCGUCGGUGCGGUGUCCGCUGUGCAGGACGGCGGUGGAGUAUCGGAUUAAGGUAUUUAAGGCUUAA